UUUUCAAACACAUGUCCAACAUGCUAAUUAAAUCAUGUAUUAUUUAAAGAAGCAGCCUUCCUCUCAUUUUCUCAACGGAUAAGAAGAGCAUAGCCGCCUUCCUCGUCGAUUGGGAUAAUUGGCGGCCGGAGAAAACUCAAUUGAAUUUGAAGUAUUUAAGUUGGUGCGAUGGAAGCGGAGACAAUUUGGACGCUUAGAUCCUCGUUGUUGAUCUUUGUUGUAACACUGCUCGGAGUUGUUUCAAUAUUUUCCGAUGGCUUGCCUCACCGGAUUCUGCUUGAUACGGAUGUUGGCACUGACGAUUUGUUUGCUCUCAUAUACCUACUGAAGUUUAACCGAUCGGAGAUCGAAUUGCAGGCUAUAACUAUUAACACAAAUGCAUGGACCGAUGCCGGUCAUGCUGUAAAUCAAGUUUACGAUAUCCUUUACAUGAUGAACCGCGAUGACAUUGUUGUUGGAAUGGGAGGUGAAGGAGGAAUAGACGAAGAUGGAACCAUACAACCAAAUGUUGGAGGAUAUCUUCCAUUAAUUGAACAGGGGAUUGGCACUGCUGGUUAUUGUAGAUACAGACAAACAAUUCAUGCAGGUCGGGGAGGACGAUUAGAUGUUAAUUCAAAUUAUGGUUUGAGGAAAAGUUUUCUUCCACAGGGGAGCAGGAGAUAUUCUCCUCUCAGACAACCUACUUCUCAACAAGUUAUGAUUGACACGAUAUCUUCCGGUCCUAUUACUGUUAUCACUAUUGGAACACACACGAAUUUAGCCAUUUUUCUUAUGACUAAUCCUCAUCUUAAGAAGAACAUUCAACACAUUUAUGUCAUGGGUGGUGGUGUGAGGUCUAAGAACCCAACAGAUUGUUUUCGAAAAGAAAACACCACCGCAUCUUCUUUCCAGCCUCAAGAAUGUGGUGAUCGUGGUAAUCUGUUCACUGAUUACACCAGCAACCCGUAUGCAGAAUUCAACAUAUUUGGAGAUCCUUUUGCUGCAUACCAGGUAAUCCAUUCAGGAAUUCCUGUGACAUUGGUUCCUCUUGAUGCAACAAACACCAUUCCUAUAACUAAGGAGUUUUUCGACGGAUUUGAGAAGAUGCAGUACUUUACAUACGAGGCACAAUACUGCUUCAAAUCCAUGAAAAUUACUCGCGACACUUGGAUUGAUGACCAAUUCAACAUGACCUAUUUUAUGUGGGACUCAUUCACUGCGGGUGUAGCUAGUAAAAUCAUGAGGAACACCUCGUAUAAUCCAACAGGGGUGAAUACCUUUGCUGAAAUGGAGUUCAUGAAUAUAACCGUAGUUACAUCAAACAAACCUUAUGGAAUAUCUGAUGGUUCAAAUCCUCUCUUUGAUGGCCGCAAGUCUCCAAAGUUUAACUUGACAGAAAAUGGAGUUCAUAGUGGUCACGUUCAAACCGGACUUCGUGACCCUUUUUGCAUUGUCAAAAAUGGGAAAGGUAGAUGUCAGGAUGGCUACACUAAGGAAAUUAGUGGACCUGAGUCAGUGUCUGUUCGUGUUGCUACAAGAGCAAAACCAAAUUUGGAUCCCAUUGACCCCCUAAACAGAGAAUACUUUUGGGUCAUCUUGGACGUUCUUAAUAAAACCGAAAACACUGGGAGGUUCAAUUUCACGAAUCAGUUUCCUUACUACAAGGAAACUCUGUAUACGCCUGAUUUUAAAGGGAGAAAACUAGGUAAAAAUGUGGUCUUUGACAUGGAUAUGAGUGCUGGAGAUUUCCUUGCUCUAUUUUAUCUCCUUAAACAACCUGUAGAGGUUAUCAACCUUAAGGCUAUACUUGUGUCUGCUACUGGCUGGGCAAAUGCAGCAACCAUAGAUGUCAUCUAUGAUUUACUACACAUGAUGGGUCGCGAUGACAUUCCUGUUGGUCUAGGAGAUGUACUUCCAAUGAACCAGUCUGACUCUAUUUUCUCGGCUGUUGGUGAUUGCAAGUACACUCAAGCUAUCCCUAAUGGUAAUGGUGGAUUCCUCGACUCAGACACCCUUUAUGGGUUAGCUCGUGAUUUACCACGAAGCCCACGAAGGUUUACUUCUGAGAACUCAGUAAAAUAUGGAGCUCCUCGGGAUACUGAUCAUCCUGAACUUAGGCAGCCAUUGGCCAUGGAAGUGUGGGAUUCUGUAUCAAAAAAUCUUGAUUCAGGAUCAAAAGUUACCAUACUGACUAAUGGUCCAUUGACAAAUCUGGCUAAGAUAAUCAUUAAUGACAAAAAUGCAAACACACUUAUUCAGGAGGUCUUUAUAAAUGGUGGACACAUAAGAAGUGGUGAUAAUAAAAAUACAGAAAAUGGCAAUAUCUUUACAAUUCCCACAAACAAAUUUGCAGAAUUCAACAUGUUUCUUGAUCCCAUGGCUGCGAAAACAGUUUUCGAAUCUGGUCUUAACAUCACACUUAUCCCAUUGAGUGUCCAGCGUAAGCUAAGUGAAUUCCCCGUGAUUCUAGAAAGGCUUCGUAUCAACAAGAAGACACCUGAAGCUUUUCUAGCUAAACGAUUACUGUCUCUUCUAUACAAGCUGCAACAAAAGAAACACAGAUAUCAACAUGUGGGCAUGUUUUUAGGUGAAAUAUUAGGUGCAGUAGUAAUGGCUGGCGACCGGUCUCAAUUAAAUUCAGAAUUUAUCGAGAAGUCUGUUGUAGUAGUGGCAAUGGGAUUAGAAUCUGAAGAUGGGCAGACAAUUAUUACUGAUGCUAAUAUGGGAAAAAUGGUUAGAAUUUUGGAAAAUGUGGAUUCAAUUGCAUGCUAUGAUGAUUUUGUGGCUCGGCUAGCCGACAGACAACAAUCGGCAGUUGUUGGAAGUUUUGAAGAACAGAAACAAACUUGGAGCAAACCACCCAAGUGAACCUACAAUCGGUUAGACAAAGUUUCAGCUUAGCAAAUUUGUUGGAAUUUUGUAUGCUUAUUUUAGUUUGUUAUUCAGUGGAUUAUUAUAUUCUGUCUCAUGAACUGU